AUGGGGGAAGGGGGCGCCGUGGGGCGCCGUCGGCCCUUCCCCGGGGCGCCGCGGCGGCGCUGGUGGCGGCGGCAGCAGCAACAGCAGCGGCAGCGGCAGCGCUGGUGGCCGGGCCGCGAGGGCGCGGGGCGCACCGCCAUGGGCCUGGCCGGGCUGCAGGAGAAUGUGUUUGCUGGGCAAUCAAAGAUCUAUUCCUACAUGAGCCCGAACAAGUGCUCUGGAAUGCGUAUUCCCCUUCAGGAAGAGAACUCAGUUAUACAGCACGAAGUCAAAUGCCAAGGGAAACCAUUAGCUGGGAUCUACAGGAAACGAGAAGAGAAAAGAAAUGCUGGGAACGCCAUAAGAAACACCAUGAAGUCUGAGGAACAGAAGAUCAAAGAUGCCAGGAGAGAUCCCCUGGCACCUUUUCCAAACCAAAAAUCUGAAGCAGCAGAACCUCCAAAAACUCCACCCCCAUCAUUUGAUUCUACCAAUGCAGUUGUCACCAAGCAAGCCCUGAAAAAGCCCCUCAAGGGCAAGCAGGCCCCCCGGAAAAAAGCUCAAGGAAAAACACAGCAGAAUCGCAAACUCACAGAUUUCUACCCGGUCCGAAGGAGCUCCAGGAAGAGCAAAGCUGAGCUGCAGUCUGAAGAACGGAAAAGAAUAGACGAGCUGAUCGAGAGUGGGAAGGAAGAAGGCAUGAAGAUUGACCUCAUUGAUGGCAAAGGCAGGGGCGUGAUUGCCACCAAGCAGUUCUGCAGGGGUGACUUUGUGGUGGAAUACCACGGGGACCUCAUUGAGAUCACUGACGCCAAGAAGCGGGAGGCUGUGUAUGCACAAGACCCCUCCACGGGCUGCUACAUGUACUAUUUUCAGUAUCUGAGCAAAACAUACCGCGUGGAUGCCACUCGAGAGACAAAUCGCCUAGGGAGACUGAUCAACCACAGCAAAUGUGGGAACUGCCAAACUAAACUGCAUGACAUGGAUGGCGUGCCUCACCUCAUCCUCAUCGCCUGGCGUGACAUCGCAGCGGGAGAGGAGCUCCUGUACGACUAUGGCGACCGCAGCAAGGCCUCCAUUGAAGCCUACCCGUGGCUGAAGCAUUAGCCAUGGUGGUGCCCUCCCCUCCAACCCCCUUCUUCAAAGGACAAAGUGCUCUCAAAGGGAAAUGAUUUUUUUUACAUACUUAAUCUUAGCGAAUUCAGAUGUUUUUAAAAGUAUAAUAAGAUGCCUUUUCACUGUAGUAUUUAAAUAUCUGUUACAGGUUUCCAAGGUGGACUUGAACAGAUGGCCUUAUAUUACCAAAACUUUUAUAUUCUAGUUGUUUUUGUACCUUUUUGCAUACAAGUCGAACGUUCAUGCUUCCCGUGCAUGCAGUCAAAGACUCAGCACAGAUUUUAGAGGAAAGAGUCAACCUUGAACUAGGAAGCUGGGCGAGGCUUUGCCCCGCGUUGAAAGCCAGAACUUACCCCGCACCCUAAUGUCCCAUGACAGGCAGGUGCGAGGGCACCGCUGCCCCCCACGCAUGGCCUGGACGGGAUGUCUCCAAGCUCUUGUUCUCAUUGUCUCAACGGACGCGCAUCAAAGUGUAUGAAUAUUUUUUAAAAAAGCAGUGAGUUAGUCUUCCCCUCUGCUUUCUUGAAAGCUUACCUGCCUGGGGCCUGGAGGCGCCAGCCAAGCGCAGGCCUUCUCUUCCAGGGCUCGCUGCUUUCCCAGGUACCUCGAAGCAUCAGGGUGGGCAUCAGACUAGAGGUAUGCCGGGAAAAGCACUUUUCCCUGAAACUGCGUUCAUUCUUUAUAGAAAUGUGAACACUGAAUUUAUUUUAAAAAAUAAAAAGUAAAAAUAAAAAGACAAAAAAUUAAAGAAAAAUGGAAAAAAUCCACAGAAAACAACUUACAUGUAUAUAGGUCUUGAAGUGAGUGAAGUGGCUGUGCUUUUCUUUUAUUUUGGUAUUCUUUUCAUUUUUAUCUUUUUGUUUUUGUUUUUUUUUAGAGGAGAUUUACGAUGGUAUUCUAUUCUAAUCAAAAGAAAAGUUUUGUAGUGGGACCAGAAAUUACUAAAACUGAUCCCCUCCCCCUUUCACUCCCUCUUCUGCUGCCAAGACCUGUUUGUUGAUUCCCUGGUGUCCUUAGAAGCCUGCCAGCCUAGACACCAGGUGUGUGUGGCAGCCAGCAGGGCUCAGUGGCAGGAAACUGGGAGGAGGCUCACAUGUGACAGCUGAGUGGCGGCUUCCUUCUCCCUCCCUGGGGAGGACCUGGUCCUCACUCUUCACCUUCAAUCCAAGGAUGGGGCUCGGGAGCCAGUACAUGUGAAUGGAUCCAGGUAUGAGAACCUACCCUUGCCCUUGACCCCUGGCCUCAUGACGGUGCUACCUAAGAAAGUCUUCCCUGCAACCCCCGCCCCCACCCCUGCUAGCCUGGUCACAGAAUUGGAGGAGGAUCCGACAGGAGCAUCUAACUGUGAGAUUAAAUGUCUUGGUUGUA